CUCCUUCAAGGCCUCCAACAGUCCAACUUCAGUCGUCUACGGAGACAUUCACUUACAUUCCUCUCUAUCUCGUCAUCCUGUUCGUUAAUUACCAUUAUUAUUUUUUACUUUCGUUUUCUGGCAACCCACCAAACAUUUUAGUUACCACCCUUGUUUUCUUCCCUUAGCUGUGAGUGAAUUGGAGGUUUUCUGUAUACUAUUUCUUAAUCAUUCCUUCAUUGUGUGUCAUAGUCGUGUAACGUCCAUUUCACACCACAUAUCAACCAAGAUAACCAUUUCAUUAAUCUCGGUUUAUUGGAUAAGAAGACGAGCUUAAGUAUGUUUUAAAUGGGUUGUCAGUUUAUAUAUGUGUUCGUUUUGUAGAAUUAUUUAAGUAUUUUACUUUGUUGUUCAAACUCUAGUUUGUUCCGAAAUGCGAAUGACGAUGAAUCCCAAGGUUUUUCUUGUAUAAAAGUUACGUGUCAAGGAAUAAAAAUCAAGUUGUUAUUUUGGAAGAGUGUUGUGUGUACUUAUCUGGGAUUUUGUUAGUAUAAAUUAAGACGUUGAUUUCAGUACUUGAUUGUGAAGUUGUGGUGGUUGAUUUGGUUCGGUUUAACGUAGUUUAGAUUUUAGUAUUGUCAUUAAUGGAGUUGAAACUAUUCGAUUCCAAGUCUGUAUCCGGGAUAGCUCACAGUAGAAGACCGUACUCGAGCUUUUUUUCAAGUUUCAGAGAUGGGGUUGGUGUUAGAUUUUCACCCAAAUUGUGCUUUUGCAGAGGAGCUUUUCCGAGGGUUUCUGUUUCAAGUAUUUCAAAGAAUGCGUACUUGACGAAGAAAGCUAUUGCUUCAAGUGACCCAGAAAAACUCGUAGAAGAAGAUUAUGUUUAUCGGAUUAAUGGGGCAUAUGGCGCAAGUUCAAUUCUGUUUUCUGGGAACACAAAAGUACUCGAAGCUUCUGAUGAUGAAUAUGAAGGAGUUGUUGUUGAUCCAGAGGGGUUACCAACUAAUCCUGAUGCAUUUUCUUCUAUUCUUCGUUUCUCUCUUUCCCACUGGAGAAGGAGGCAAAAAAAGGGAGUUUGGCUCAAGUUGCCGCUGGAACGAGCAGAACUUGUUCCAAUUGCUGUAAAGGAAGGGUUUCAAUACCACCAUGCAGAGCCUGGAUAUGUGAUGUUAACCUACUGGAUUCCUGAGGGGCCUUGCUUGCUACCUGCUAAUGCUACUCAUCAAGUAGGGGUUGGGGGAUUCGUCAUCAAUCACAAGAAUGAGGUUCUUGUAGUACAAGAGAAAUACUGCAAUCCAGCAUUUGCUGAUCUUUGGAAAUUACCAACUGGUUUCAUUCAUGAGUCCGAGGAGAUUUUCCAGGGAGCUGUAAGAGAAGUCAAGGAAGAAACUGGUAUUGAUACUGAGUUUGUUGAAGUGAUAGCAUUCAGGCAUGCCCAUAAUUUGGCUUUUGAGAAGUCAGAUUUGUUCUUUGUUUGCAUGCUAACUCCCCUGUCAGCUGAGAUUCAGGUUGACGAUUUCGAAAUUCAGGCAGCCAAGUGGAUGCCCUUAACGGAGUUUGUGGAGCAACCACUCAUCCAAGGAGACUGCAUGUUCAAGAAAGUAAUUGAUAUAUGCAUUGCCCGGCUGAAGAAGCGAUACUGCGGAUUAUACCCUCAUCAACUGGUUUCUACAUUUGAUGGUCAGACAUCCUCCCUCUAUUAUAACGACUUUGACGCACAAGACACGACCUGUGCAAGCAGUUAAAGGCACUAAAGCAGUGAAAUGCUGCAUUUCUGUAUAAUCACUGAGAGAGUGCAAUGCAAGUGUGGAGUGCUACCACUUUUCUGCAUAAUUGAGCUGAUAUAUAUAUAUGGUAUAAAAUGUAAUUAGAAAUAACUUUUCUAUGUAAAUAUGUAUUCUAAUACAGAAUAUGGUUAUUGUAUGA